AUGGGGAGAAUCAAGAAAGUAGCCAGCCAAAAGCAUGAGGCUACAAUCUCACCUUUUUUGCAAGAAUUCAUAGGUCGUGCAACGAGUCUUCCUGUUCCCGAGCUCCCGUCCCUCUUCAACACAUUCCCGAAGCUAUGGCCAUUCCCACGCGGUGAUCUCUACCACUGGAUCAAUGUCUUGGACCGGUUCGACGAGAUUCUGGCCUCGGCCGUCGAGAAAUACUUCCUCAACACUGGUCCUCAAUCCCAGUCGUUCACUCGGAGUGUUCUGGAGGAAUCAUACUCAGCUGAUGAGAGCAAAAAGCCGGCAGAGGGCGUUGACGCCAAGCUGAAUGGCCUGGGAUACGGCCCCGAUGGAGACCGAGAGCUUCUGGAAGCAAUUCUGGAAUUCUCACGUCUUUUGCUCGAGAAGUGUGGUAACCGCAGUCUCUACAGCAGCAGCGAUCGCCUAGGUGACUUGUUGAAUACAACUUCGCUAUCUCUUCUCCAGUCUACGUUGCGCCUGUCUCUUUGCCUAGCCCAAAGAUAUCACUCCCGCCAGCGUGGCGCUCACCAACAGUCAGUAUUGCAAUCUCACUAUGCUCUUGACCUUGAAAAGUUGCAGAAGAUCGCCGCACCUUUCCCACGUCCAUUCCUCGCCGGAAAAGCGCAGCCCACCUCUUCUCCCACCAUUUCCGCCAAAGGCAAGGAGAAUACCGUUCAAACGAAGGUCAAUGCCAAUGAAUUGGUCGCUCUUGUACGUGACAGUGAAGGCUGGGAGGAAUGGGGCGAUAUUCGCGUUCUCUAUUAUCCCUCUGGGUCAUCUGAACAAACGAGAACGACAUCCGAACAUGGUCAGAUCGAGCAUGGCUCACACGUCCCGACUACGCCUACGCCACUGCGACGAAGUGCCACACAUCCCGCUUCUCAAUUGAGUCGUGUCGAUGAUUCACCAGCUACCCCAGUCACAGGCGGAAAGGCAGAUGAGGCAACCCGUGGAGGCAAGGUCCUUGAACUCUCCUACUCGAAGGUCUCUUCUGCAGCUUUGGAGGAUCUUCUUGCGGCGAAUCUUCCCCACCUGCCCAUUGAGUCAAAAUAUGAAUUGCUCCACAAACUACGAGUUGCGAAGGCAUUGACAGGCUCUCGUGCUACUCGCGAGCAGAUUCUGUCCAUCAAGGCUCUUGCAGUAACUAACUUGGCCCAUGUUCAGCCGGAGAACGCUUUCCAACAAAAAGUCCUCCAAUAUGACAUGGAGCAACCGAAACGCCUUCAGCUUGCCUACCAGCUGGCUGAACUGGUUCAUCUCGGCGCCAGUGGUGACCUUGAGGUCUCUCGAAUUGUUCAGACUUUGGCGAUCCAGACGCUGGACUCAUUAGCGAAACACAAGUCUCGCGCCGUCGAUGUCUGUGCAGCUUUGAGUGUCAAUGUUAACCAUGGUGUUCUCAUGUUCUUGACCCGGAAAAUGGUCACUGAACUCAGCGCAGAAGGCGAGGAUACUGAUGCUGUUUAUUACGAUGAAUGGCGUGAUGCUUUGCUUGCACUCCUGCGCACCCUUCCAAGUUCAAGCACACGCACACCAGACACUCUGGUCGCAGCUGGUCUGAUCCCUAUGUUUGUUGACAUCCUGAAUCUGCGUAACGAGAAAUCGCGCCGUGUGUAUUCCCGCAUCAUGGAAUUCCUCGACACCUUCGUGCAUGCAGUCCGGGAUGCCCUGGGAACAUUGACAACCUCAAAAGGCUUCGACGCAAUGUCUGACCUGAUUGACUACGAAACAAAGACCGCUUUUGAAAAAGUCAAUCGAGGCGAGGGUUUCCCUGCUCAAUAUAAGAACCCAUCUGUGGAUUAUCAAAUUCCAUACUUCCAGCAACAGACACUGCGCUGGAUGUUCCGUUUCGUCAACCACAUCAUGCAGCACAAUGGCGGAGGGUUCGAUCGUGUGCUACGCAACUUGAUUGACUCUCCCCAGCUGCUCACUUCUCUCCGCCUUGUGUUUGAGAAUGCUCGUGUCUUCGGUUCGCAUGUAUGGAGCACUGCUGUCAACAUUCUCAGCAGCUUCAUUCACAAUGAACCUACUAGUUAUGCUGUCAUCGCCGAGGCUGGUCUCAGCAAAAGUCUUCUCGCUGCUGUAAUGGGCCGUGAACUCCAAGUUGACGAAAAGCCCCCUGCGGUGGAGCCUGAGGGUUCUGCAGCUGGAGGCGAAUCUGCUUCUCAGCCGCCCACUGCAGAGGCUGCUGCUGAGUCCGAGGAAAAGAAGAAAGACCGUGAAUACACACUUGUCAGGCCAAAGGGUACCCCUCUUGCGCCUGGCAUUAUGUCCGCAGCUGAUGCUCUUGCUUGCAUUCCUUCCGCAUUUGGAGCUAUCUGUUUGAACUCUUCUGGUCUGGACCUUUUCCAGUCUUCCGACGCCCUUGAAAGCUUUUUCGAGAUCUUUGAAAACCCUGAUCAUGUCAAGUGUUUGAAAGACGACCCCGAACUUGUCCGUUCUCUAGGUACAACCUUCGAUGAGCUUGUUCGACACCACCCGGCACUAAAGACCUCUAUCUUGUCUGCUGUUCUCGUCAUGGCUGCCCGUGUCAACGUUCUCGGUCGGACCAAGGCCUGGGAGCAAGGAAUGGGGACCAAGAUGUGGAUUGAGGAUGCUGACGGCAAUAAGCGUCUGUCCGGAGACAUCUUCUCGUUGUUCCGCGAAAUCGGCACACCCGCUGAUGCCUCAGUCGAUGACCCUGCAACCUUGGGUGCUCCUCAGCUUAACUCCCACGAUCUACCCAAUGGCGCUAAGCUUGUCGUUGGUGACCUGAGUCAUGUACUUCCUUCGCCUGGUCCCGACUUCGAGCCCAAAGACAAAGACGAACAUGGUCUUACUGCUACCGACUACUUGUUCCCUGCCAUGCGUUUCCUGGGUGCCUUCUUCGAAAACCAGAUUAACUGUACUGCCUUCAUCCAAGCUGGCGGCGCAGAGUUCCUCCUAGAUCUCGCAACGCUUCAAAGCUUGGCUUUCGAUUUCCACAGCACCAAUGCUAACCAGGAGAUUACGGUUCUUAUUCACAUGCUCGCAGAGACAAAGCCUCACCUGAUUCUUCCAUCUCUCCUUCGCCGCGCCCAGCACGCAGUGGAGAAUCUUUCAGCUUUCUGGACUGCACCCAGUGGAUCUGGAUUCUUCACGUCGUUGAUUAAGCCUGCAGACUCGAAGGACCCCGUCUUGGAACCUACCGCCGCUGCUCAGUCUGGAACAUUCUUUGUCAGACACUUGAAUGCCGUGCUUCUUUUGACUGAUGUCCUCCGUGAGACCUUCGCGUUGCCCUUGUACCAAACCCGACCUGGCCAAAAUACUUCCAUCUUUGGCCAAGUCAACCUCGCGGAUCAAUAUUGCAUUUUAAUUAACUCUCUGAGCAAUCUUCUUGCUUCUUGCGUGUGGGAAGGCAUCUUGCUAGAGAAGAAUAUUCCCGAGAAGUGGCUGAAGGCUACACAGGCGACUGCUGACAAGUCCGCCUCUGGAAAGUCCAAGACUACUCCACAGGAGCCUCCAGCAACCCCUGGCGCCGAUUCUCGACCCCAAAGCUCCGGUGCUGCGGAGCCUGGCGGCCAAGCUCAACCAGGCCAGGAACCAAAGGAAGACGACGCUCCCGUUGAUGAAGAAAACGUCAACUUCAAGAAUGCUCGCACACUUCGUUACCUUCUCAGUGCCUUGCCUACCUCUAUUACUGGAUUCCUGCACAACCUCGGACUUGGCCUUAUUGGCAAACGCCGCUUGGAUCCUCUCCUGAAGCAGAGACAGAAUGGUACUUUGGUUGCAGAGGCCAUGGCAGAGGGUGUUAUUCGCCAAUUGGAAUUCAAGCCUGCGAACUCCAGUGACAGCCCCAAACAUCGGUUCGCCUAUCUGAUUGUCGUCCUGUCGCACUUCUCCCACCUUCUCUAUGAAAUCCCCACGGAGCGUCCCAGCUCGAACUACUUGACAUCGGUUCUCAUCGCGUUCAAGAAGAACAACGGUCUCCAGCUGUUGAAAGAAAUUUGCGACGUGUUCCUGAACGACAUCAAGUCUCUUCCAUCUGCUGAAUCCAUUCCCGAUGAGGACAAGGAGCUUGCUAACCGGCUUGCCUCGGGCUAUGGUGGAAUCAAGAUUAUUCUUGGGCUCUUCGCUGAUCUGGCUACUGGAAAAUACAUUGUGGACUCUAGCCAGACACAAGCCUUGGCCGGUCCCGAGCGCGACCGCGAUCGCCCCGAACACUUUCAGCCUGGUCAAUUCCUGGUUGAGCUUCGUAUGGAAAUUCUGCCCAUGGCUCAAGACAUGUGGAACUCGGACUUUGCUACUCAGUCAUCGAGCCCCAUCGUCAGGUUGUUGAUUGAUAUUCUGCGGGCAUCGCUGGAUGGCGAAUACGAGGUCAAUGUCAUUAAAAGGGCAGAUGUGCGACCUCUUGUGGCAGAGACACCCAAGAAGCCAUUCGUUGUCCACAAAGACCGAGCCGCCGCCCUGGUAGAUAAAGGUUUCAAGGAUGUUGAUCUCAACAAAGAAGCCCUAUAUCGUUGUAACAACGUCUUGAAUGCUGCCGAAGAAUACUGCAAGGCUCAGAGCUGGGUCCGAAACCCUCCUAGGGUUCACCCAAAUCCCAAUGACAUCCAAACUGGUACCCCCGAGGCUGCUCCCGGUAUUGACACCCUAGAGGAUCCUGGCGAUGAGAUUACGCCUUUCUCCAGCGGCGACUUGUCACGCUCUGCUCUGACCAUGCUUCUAGCACAAGCCAGUGGCGGGCCACUGACUGAUUCGAUGCGCCGCAUUGAUACAUUGGUAACUGGAAGAGAUGCAGAUGCUGACGCACCAUCUGGAAACAUUGGCAGAAUUCUCGAUGGAAACGAUAUGGAUAGUGAUGAUCGCGCUGGGUCAUCGAACCAGAGUGCACCCGAGCCUCGCCCUGCCGAAGGAAGUUCCUCUGAAGGACAACCUCCUGCCCAAACCCGCUCGGUUAUCACUAUCGAAGAUCUUGAAGCUGAGAGGGAAAACAUUCGGUCCAAUCUUAUUGAGCGCGCCCUGGACAUCCUCAACGAACAUCAUGAUGUCUCAUUUGAAUUGUCUGACCUGAUAUCGUCAGCCAUCAGGAAGCACCCAGAGCCAGAGAGUUUCCGCCGUGACAUCGGAGAGACUCUUGUACAAUCUCUGGUUUCCCUGCAGAUGGAGAACUUCCAGACAGCCGGCAAGAAGAUUGCCGCCUAUGCCCACAUCCUCGCACUCACCCUUCAAGAUCGUGAAAUGUACACUGCAACCAUCGAAGAGCUGAAGGAUUGUUUCUCGACUUUCCUUGGAUUCAUCAAACUCCCAACACCUGAGAAGGCUGAUCAGGAAUCAUUCCCUUGGGUUGGACAUGUUCUUCUUAUCCUUGAAAAGCUGCUGUCUGAUGACUGCCAGCCACCUCAGAUCUCCUGGGCCCAACCAUCCAGUGUUGACGAUCCCGUUGGUAACGAUGAGCCCGCAAAACUUGAAGAGCCUCUUGUGUCAGCCGAUGAGAAGACCCAGCUCUUUGAAGCUCUUGUUGAGAUUCUUCCCCGAGUGGGCAAGGAUGACACAUUGGCGCUUUCCAUUUGCCGUGUUCUUGUCAUUCUCACUCGCCAGCGUAGUAUCGCUGCUCGCUUUGGGGAGAAGCGUAAUCUCCAACGCCUCUUUGUCAUGGUCAAGCAGCUUUCAAGUGCUACCAACGACAAGCUACAAAGCGCGUUCAUGCUUAUUCUCCGCCACAUUGUUGAAGACGAAGCUACUAUUCGCCAGAUUAUGCGGAGUGAAAUUGUUGCCAACUUUGAGUCUAAGACUUCACGCCAGGUUGACACCACUGGAUACGUGCGUCAGAUGUAUCACCUGGUGCUGAGAGCCCCUGAUAUCUUUGUGGAAGUAACAAAUGAGAAGCUGCGGCUGCUACGCUUCGAUCCUAACCCUCGUCCCCAAGUUCUUGGGCUCAAGGCCGACAAAGAACGUCAAGAUCGCCUACGUCAAACCAAGAAGUCUGAGGAGAACAAACCUGAGUCAUCUGCGACAGCUGAAGCUGUCACCACGGAAGAAAAGGACACCGAGAAGGACAAGGGCAAGACACCGGCCAAAAAUACAGAAUUGAAGGCGCCCGUUGUGGAAAAUCCUGACGGUGUCAUUCACUACCUGCUGUCCGAGCUCCUGUCCUACAAGGAUGUGGACGACAAAGAAUCUGCCCCUGAGAUUUCAGAGCAGACUGCUGACCAGCAGUCUGAUACUCAAACUGACGUUGAGAUGGCUGGAGAUGAACCUGCGCCCUCGGUUUCUAGCACCACCGAAGCACAGCCAACUCGCGGCUUGAAGAAGGGAGAUAAGCCCCAAUUCAAGGCAGAUGACCACCCGAUCUACAUUUACCGCUGCUUGCUUCUCCAGUGUCUAACUGAACUUCUCUCUUCCUACAAUCGUACCAAGGUCGAGUUCAUUAACUUCUCUCGCAAGGCCGAUCCUUUGGCUACUACUCCCUCCAAGCCACGCUCUGGCAUUCUAAACUACUUGUUGAAUGUGCUUGUUCCACUUGGUACCAUGGAGCAUGAUGAGACCUUGACAUUCAAGAAGCGCAGCAUCACAUCUACAUGGACCAUGCAAGUACUUGUUGCUCUCUGCACCAAAACUGGCGAGUUUGGUGGUGUUGGCCGACGUCGCACUGAGCCCAAGUAUGAGGAAGACGAGCCGGAGCUUGCGUUCGUCCGCCGCUUUGUGCUCGAGCAUGCCCUUCGUUCUUACAAGGACGCAAUGGCCUCAAAUGAGCCUUUGGACGCUAAAUAUUCCAAGCUCAUGUCUCUUGCCGACCUGUUUGAUAAAAUGCUCAGUGGCUACUCCUUCACCAACGAUGCAGGUUUCCCAACCUCAACCAGACAGCUUGCAAAGACUAUGUUCGAGAAGCACUUCAUUCCGGCGCUAACUGCUUCGGUUGCUGACGUCGACUUGAACUUCCCUUCGUCCAAGCGUGUCAUAAAGUACAUUCUUCGCCCAUUAAACAAGCUUACUCAAACCGCAGUUCUUUUGAGUGAGAACUCCGAUAUCUCUUCUUCCCUUGGUGAAACCGAGGAUGAUGAGAUCUCCUCGGCAACCUCCGUUUCUGACAUGGAAGACGAACGUGAGGAAACACCCGAUCUUUUCCGUCACUCUACUCUGGGUAUGCUUGAACCCCGUCACGAGGAAGAGACCAGCAGCGAGGAGUCCGAGGGAGAAGACGAGGACAUGUACGAAGACGAAUAUGAGGAGGAGAUGGACUACGAUGAAGAUAUGCCCGAAGAUGAUGGCGAAGUCGUCAGCGAUGAAGAUGACGAUGGCGUGGGUCCAAUCGAAGGCCUCUCUGGCGAUGCAGUUGAAGUCAUUCUCGAUGAUGACGACGAUGAUGACGAUGAGGACGACGACGAUGAAGACGACGACCACUCGGAUAUGGAUGAUGAUAUGUACGCCGAUGAAAUUCCUGGAGACCGCGACAACGAAAGUCUCGAAGACGGAGAGGAGGAUGAAUGGGAGAGCGAGGAGAUGACUGAAGAUGAAGAAGAGGUCGAAAUGAUGAACCAGUACGAGGAUGAGAUGGCCGAUUUAAGACAGAACCGUGGUCACGGUGAGGAACACCGCAUUGGCGACCUCUUCCGUGCCCUCAAUGAGGCUGCUGGAGGUGCUGAUGAUCUCCAUGGAGAUGGUCUCGGCGGUGACAUUCACGAAGAAAUCCUCGAUGACCUCGACGAAGAUGGUGCGCCACCCCUCCUUACUACAGACCCCCCUAUUGCAGACCCUCCAGCCGCAGGACCUCCAACUGCAGAACCCCCUGCAACAUUGACUGCAGCACUCACUGCAAUCAAUGCAGUCAUGCCUGCUCUACGCCAGCUUUCAACGCUGUUGCUGACCACCCGUAUAGUUGAGGAUGAAGACGAAAUGGACGAACUUGAAGAUGACAUCGACGGAUUCGACGGCGAGGAAGGAUCCUUCGGUGAUAUGGAAGAUGACGAUCUUCUUGAGCCCUGGGGAUGGGAAGGUGACGAGCCACCAAUGCCUCGCGCUGGACAUCACCACCACCGCUUCCGUGGCGGCGCGCCCCCAGCCUGGGCUGCUGUUACCGAAAUUAUGCCGGGCCGCGGCUCUGGUCUCGUUCCUAUCCAGCCUUAUCAACGUGUCCACAGAACCCAGCUUCCCUCGCGUGGAGAAAAUGACGGAACUAACCCUCUACUUGUUCGAACUGACCGUCCAGAAACCGCCGUUUCAUCUCGUGGACCCAAUGCCGACCCAUUCGCUGAUUGGGGCCAGACCAUGGAUCAGGCCGGUGGCCGAGUUGUUGCAAUGGACAGCCCCAUCAGCUUCAUGAACGCCAUAAUGCAGGCUAUUGGUGGACAAGCUUCCCCUGGUUUUGGUGUGGUUACUCGUCCAGACGGUAUCCAUGUCCAUGUUGACAGACGUGCAGUCCUACCCGGCCGCAUUCAAGAUAUGCUUGGAAUCCCUCGUGGGUCAGGACCUCCAGCUCGCACUCGUGGUGAUGACCCUCACACUGCCGUCAAAUUUGGUCUGUGCACCACUCGGACCCGCUGGCAGGAGGAGGCCCGCAUUCUCUUCAGCACCCAGUAUGUUGAGAGAACCCAGCGCAUCGUCAACUCCAUCAUGAAAGCCCUCGUUCCCACUUCAAUGGUCGAGGAAAAGAUCCGCACCAAGCAACUCGAAGAGGAGCGCAAGCGCAUCCUAGAAGAGCGCGCCCAGCAAGAUCGCGAAGAGCGCGAGGCCAAGCGCAAAUGGGAGGAAGAAAAUGCUCGGAGAGAAGAGGAAGCUGAGCGUCAAGCCGAACGCCAAGCUGCUCAAGUCGAUGAGCCUAUGGAGGAUGUCCAGCCAACUGAGCCUCCUGUUGAAGCCGCUUCAUCUGCUCCCACUGAAUCCCAACCCGAAGCCCGGCCGACAGAACCUGCCCCUCGGGUUCACACCAACAUCAGAGGCCGCCAACUCGAUAUCACCGGUCUUGAAAUUGACCCUGAGUAUCUGGAGGCUCUGCCAGAGGAACUCCGCGAGGAGGUUAUCAUGCAACAACUCGCCGAACAGCGAUCCCAAGCUGCCGCCGCCGGCGAGGAGCCCACUGAGAUCAAUCAAGAAUUCCUGGAGGCUUUGCCUGCCGAGAUUCGUGAGGAACUGUUGCAGCAAGAAGCCGCUGAUCGACGCCGACGCGAACGUGAUGCUGCCCGUCGACAGGCUCAGUCUGCUGGUGCUGGUGCUACUGCCGGCGCCGGCUCUGGUGGUCCAGCUGCUCCUCCUGCUCACGCCGAAGAUAUGGACGCUGCCAGCUUCCUUGCCACCCUUGACCCUUCGUUGCGCCAGGCUGUCCUUGCCGAUCAGCCAGAGGAUGUUCUUGCAACUCUGGGCCCUGAGUACUUGACUGAGGCCCGCGCCAUGGGUGGUGGUGGCCGACGCAUUGCUCAAUUCGGUGACAUGACCGCCGUUGACCGACAAAGAAACGAGCCUUCUGGAGACCGGGAGCCAAAGAAACAGCAGAGACGUCAAAUUGUGCAGAUGCUCGACAAGGCUGGUGUUGCAACUCUUCUUCGACUCAUGUUCAUGCCUCUCCACGGUAACGCUCGCCAUCAAUUGAAUGACAUUCUCCAUAACGUUUGUGAGAACCGCCAAAACCGCAGUGAGGUGAUCAGCCUUCUUCUGUCGGUUUUGCAGGAUGGCAGUGUUGAUUCUACCGCAAUUGAGCGUAGUUUCUCUCACCUCUCUUUGCGUGCAAAGGCACCCGGAGCACAGAAGACCCCUCAGGCUGUCAAGCGAAACAUGGCUAUUCAAACUUCUUCCAGUGUCAGUAACGACGUGACCCCUAUCAUGGUCAUUCAACAAUGUCUUGGAACACUCUCCUUCCUGUCGCAAUUCAAUCCUCACAUCGCUUGGUUCUUCUUGACCGAGCAUGACUCUGCCUCAUCCGCUAAGUUGAAGGCAUUCCGCAAGGGCAAGGGCAAGGAGAACAGAGCUAACAAGUUCGCCCUGAACGCUCUGCUUUCUCUCUUGGACCGCAAGUUGAUCAUGGAAAGCCCUAACUGCAUGGAGCAAUUGUCUAGCCUCCUUAGCAGCAUCACUCAGCCGCUUACUGUUCUCCUUCGCCGCGAGAAGGAGCGUCAAGAAGAGAAGGGUAAAAAGCCCGAAGAGCCAGUCAAGGGUCUUGUUGAAGAACCUGCUCAAGCUGGCGACUCUGGUAUGGAUACAUCUAUGACCGAUGCCCCUCUGCCCACCGUUGAGACCACCGAAAUCACUGGUCAAGAGACUAUUGAGGGUGGAGAAGAUGACGACAAGAAGCCCGAGGAGUCGAAGGAGCCCGCUGAAGAUGAGAAGCGCAAGAAGCGUUCCAUUGAGCCUCCUGUCGUUCCCGAUCACAACUUCCGUCUGGUUGUUCACAUUCUUGCAGCCCGUGAAUGCAAUGGCAAGACGUUCCGUGAUACCCUUUCUACUAUCAACAACCUUUCUGCUGUCCCCGGAGCUCGCGAUGUGAUCGGCAAUGAACUGGUCGCUCAAGCUCAGGCUCUCAGUGAUACUAUUCUGGGUGACCUGGAAGAUCUCCUCCCUCACAUCCACCAGGCUAAGACUGGCACCGAUAUGCAAGGUCUGGCUCUGGCCAAGUUCUCGCCCGCUAGUUCGGACCAGGCCAAGCUUUUGCGUAUUUUGACCGCUCUCGACUACCUAUUUGAUCCUACUCGAGUCGACAAGUCGAAGGGCAGUGAGCCCGAGUCUGCCCCCAAGGAAGAUGUGCUCAAGAGACUUUACGAGAGCGCAACUUUCGGCCCUCUGUGGACCAAGCUCAGUGACUGUUUGACUGCUAUCCGCCAAAAGGAGAACAUGCUGAACGUGGCUACUAUUCUCCUGCCUCUCAUCGAGGCACUGAUGGUUGUCUGCAAGAACACUACUCUCAAGGAUCAGCCCCUGUCUCGUGGCAGUCGUGAACUUUCUGUGAACAGUGCCCCAGCUGACAAUGGACUCAGCAUGGAGAACCUCUUCUUCAAGUUCACCGAGGAGCAUCGCAAGAUCCUCAAUGAGCUUGUGCGCCAGAACCCUCGUCUGAUGAGCGGUACAUUCUCCUUGUUGGUGAAGAAUCCCAAGGUGCUGGAAUUCGAUAACAAGCGCAACUACUUCACUCGUCGUGUCCAUUCCCGUGGUGCCGAGCCUCGUCACCCUCAUCCUCCUCUCCAGCUUUCUGUGCGGAGAGACCAAGUCUUCCUUGACUCUUUCAAGUCUUUGUACUUCAAGAGCGCGGAUGAGUUGAAGUAUGGCAAAUUAAAUGUACGUUUCCACGGCGAGGAAGGUGUCGAUGCCGGUGGUGUGACCAGAGAAUGGUUCCAAGUCCUUGCCCGUGGCAUGUUUAAUCCUAACUACGCUUUGUUCAUUCCCGUUGCUUCCGACCGGACCACAUUCCACCCCAACCGUCUCAGUGGUGUGAACUCUGAGCAUCUCAUGUUCUUCAAGUUCAUUGGACGUAUCAUCGGCAAGGCCUUGUACGAAGGCCGCGUUCUUGACUGCCACUUCAGCCGCGCUGUCUACAAAAACAUCCUCUCCCGAUCUGUGUCUAUCAAGGACAUGGAAACUCUCGACUUGGAUUACUACAAGUCCCUUCUCUGGAUGCUGGAGAACGACAUUACCGAUAUUAUUACCGAGACAUUUGCCAUUGAGACCGAUGACUUUGGCGAGAAGCAGGUAAUUGAUCUGAUCCCGGGUGGCCACGAUAUCCCUGUCACCCAGGAGAACAAGGAGCAGUACGUUCAGCGUGUAGUUGAAUACCGUCUAGUGGAGUCUGUCCGUGAGCAAUUGGACAACUUCCUAAAGGGCUUCCACGAGAUUAUCCCCCGAGACUUGAUCUCCAUUUUCAACGAACAGGAGCUGGAACUUCUGAUUUCCGGUCUUCCUGAGAUUGAAGUUGACGAGUGGAAGAACAAUACUGAGUACCACAACUAUUCCGCCUCGUCCUCGCAGAUCCAAUGGUUCUGGCGUGCUGUUCGCUCGUUCGAUAAGGAAGAGCGAGCCAAGCUUCUACAGUUCGUUACUGGAACCAGUAAGGUCCCUCUCAAUGGUUUCAAGGAGCUUGAGGGUAUGAAUGGUGUGAGCAAAUUCAACAUUCACCGCGACUAUGGCAACAAGGAACGUCUUCCUAGCUCGCACACAUGCUUCAACCAGCUUGAUCUUCCUGAAUAUGAAAGUUAUGAGGAUCUCCGCCAGCGUCUCUACACGGCUAUGACUGCCGGAAGCGAGUACUUCGGAUUUGCAUAA